CUCUGUCUACAACCCGCACGCCGUCCACACUCGGAGCAUGCGCCGGGAGCUCAUCCUCGCGCUGCUGGCCGCUGCCACCGCGUUCGCCGCGACUGACAAUGCGUGCGUCGCCGCUUGCGUCGCUGGCUGCAGCUGUCCGCUCGGCCGCAACAAGCUCGUGUGCAGCAACCACGGCUACUGCGCAGACGGCGUCUGCAUCUGCGCCGACGGCUGGGCCAGCUCCGUGGACGUCAAUGGCACAUGUGAGAUUGGGCUCAUGUCGCUCAACUCAAGCGUGCACCUCUUUGUGAUGCUGGCCGCGUGCGUCGUCGCCAUCGUCGCCUACACGAGCUCGCUCGUGUACCUCUACUACAGCAACGAGGCGUUCAUGACGCACGCGUGGCAAGGCCACAUUAUGAACGUCGGCUCGGUCCUUGGUGCCGCGUCGGUAGCGGUGGCCGUGAGCCUCGACAGCAGCUCGCAUACGUGCACCGUACUCUGGUGCUGCAUGGACCUCGCCUUCGUCCUCGUCUUUGGUAUGCUCGCGCUGCGCCUGUACCGCAACGUUCGCCUCUACCUCGCGUCGACGAACGGACCUGGCGUCAAGCUCCCGGACGCCUGGAUGGCUGGCAUGCUGCUCGUGCUGCUCGCGCUCGACGGCGGCAUCCUCGCCGCCAUUGGUGUGCUCGGCGGCUUCAACCCGACGCUAGCCUUAUGGGAUUACCCCGGCGACGUCGACUACCGCUUCAUGGGCUGCUAUUUGAGCUCGACGCCCGCGGGCAUUGCGAUCGUGUCACCCAAAGUACUCUACUUGCUGCUCGUGUUGGCCUUUGCUCUCCGCCUGCGUCGGAACGUCCACGAAGAGAAGGACAUGACCAAGCUUGCGUUCGCGAUGCUCUUGACCACGGUGCUCUGGGCCAUUGGCAUGGCGGUCUUCGCGACCUCGACUCGCGCCUUUGGGGAGGUGCUGUACCUCUGCCUCGUCUUCCUCUUCCUCCUGCCCUCGGCCAUGGUGACUUUUGUCCUAGCCUUUCCCAAAAUCAUUGCGAUCCACCGCCUGCGUCGCCGGCGCCGCCAGCAACCUUUCAUUUACCUCGAUGACGACGGCAUCAACGCCCGGCUGCUGCGGGUCGCGUGGGACGACGUCGCGCAGGUCGAAGCCGCCGAAGUGCUUCUCGAUACGCACGACCCCGACGUCGAUGGCGCGUUGGAGAUGGGGACGAUCCUCUGGCUCUUGACCGACCGUGUUUGCCACCGCAAGAUCCGGCGGUACGCGGCCACGGCACUGGGGAGUCACGACCCGUCGGUGCUUCGACUGUACCUGCCGCAGCUAUUACAAGCGCUCAAGCACGACGUCGACCUCCGAGAAGGCGCGGACCUCUGCGCGCUUUUGAGUGUUCUCUUGAACAUGGCGAGGGACCACAUUGAGAUCGCACUCGACUGCUACUGGCACGUGCGCAUCGAGCUCGAAAACCAAAUAAGCGUCGUCGUCGCCAACCAGGAGAUCGCUAUCCAGGACCGGGCGACCAAAUCGCUCUACGAACGCGUCUUUGAGCACCUCAAUGCCAUGCUCGAGGCAUCGCCUGAUCAUCACGCGAUAGUCUAUGGGCAAGUGGCCUGCACCAAGCACAUCACUGCUUUGUACGCUGCCCUCGUGGCGCUGCCGUCCUCGGACGUCAAAAGUCUCUCGACAGAGCUGCAGACAUACCUCGCGUCGCCAACGACGUCUGCGCUGCAGGGCCUACCCCCUCUUGCGUUGCCGGGCCCCCACCCGCUGUUUCCGCUGGCCACCGUGCAGAGUGUAGAUAGCGCCAAGAGUCGUCUCUUCCGGAGCUCAGCCAAGCCCAUGAAACUGCAGUUUACGCUCGCGAGUUCGUCGCGAUCGCUACAGACGCAGCGGUCGCUCUUCGAACGGUCCAAGUCCCGGCUACCAAACCAGUGGCACACGUACUCGGUGGACGUCUUUGUCUAUGGCGUCCUGGGGUUCGACGCAGAUAACCUCACGCUCCGCGUCGACGUUCAUGGAAAGCGCAAGCAAGUUGAGGUGACGGCGGCGGUGGCGCGGCUCGACUUUCACGUCGGCGUGCCCCCGCAGCUCGUCGACUGCCAAGUGUACCGGCACGGCGCCUAUCUUGGUGCAGUCGAACUCGAGCUCUCAUCCCGCGGCUUGGAGCGCAGCGUUGUGAAUGUGGAUGGCGGAGGCGCCCUCGAUGUCGCUGUCGUCGUCGAAGUUCAGAACGUGACGUCGCCACCGACCAUUGGGGCGCUGCACCCGGCCGCCAUUUCUGUCGACGACGCGCCUCGGCGCCCCAGCGUCUCGCUCAGUGUCAUUUACAAGCUCGGCGACGACUUGCGGCAGGACCAGCUCGCACUGCAGCUGCUCGCAAUCAUGGACGCCCUUCUCAAGCGCGACGGCCUCGACCUCUGUUUCACCCUCUACCGCAUCUUGCCAACGAGUACUCGCGAUGGUUUGGCCGAGUUUGUCCCGCGGUCGCAGCCGCUCUCGGCGGUCUUGAGCGACCACAACCACAACAUUUUGACGUAUUUGGAGAAGCACAACUACGACCAAGACGACGGGAUCUCGCCUGUCGCGAUCGACACGUUCGUGCGCAGCGUCGCGGGCUACUGCGUCGCAACGUACCUUCUCGGCGUCGGCGACCGGCACUUGGACAACCUCAUGCUCACAGAGUCGGGCCAUUUCUUUCACAUUGACUUUGGCUUUAUGUUUGGACGCGACCCGAAGCCGCUUCCCCCGCCCUUCCGCCUCACCCCCGAAAUGGUCCGCGCCAUGGGCGGUCUCCGCGGCCACGACUUUCACCAGUGUCUGCGCUACGCGUGCACGGGCUUCAACAUUCUGCGCGCCAACGCCCACGUCCUCCUCGGCGUCCUCGAGCUCUCCAAAGACGCGGGUAUUCCCGACAUGAUGACGCACAUGAGCAUGCACGCAGCGUCGGCGGUUCACGAGGUGGAGAAGCGACUGAUUUUGCGAGCGACGCCGGACCGCGCCGCCGCCUUCUUCCGCGACCUCAUGCUCGAGACGCAAAACGCACAGACAAAGACCCGACUCUCGCUCAUGGAGCGCAUUCACCGAAUCGCUGUUGCGAUAAAGUAAUAUAGUUAUUUCUGCGUUCGUAAGGACGACUUGGCCAUGAC